UUAAAUUAUUUAUUGGUCAAUUAUAUUGGCUUAUUCGAAGAGGUCAAUAAAUUGACACUUCAAUUCAUCACUAAUCACCACUCUCUCUCUUUGAAGUUACUCGUAAUAUUAGUAAAAAGCAAAAAAGAUGGCUCAAAAGGUGGAAGCACAAGGAGGGAAAGGAGGCAACCAAUGGGACGAUGGAUCGGGACAUGAUGCCGUAACCAAGAUUCAGGUCGGAGCAGGUGCACUCGGCAUUCAAUACGUUCAGUUCAACUAUGUCAAGAACGGAAAAACUGAAGAAGCUCCUCUUCGCGGUAUCAAAGGCCGUGUUAUCCCAGCUGAUCCGUUUGUGAUCAACCAUCCAGAGGAGUACUUGGUUUCUGUAGAAGGUUGGUCUAACCCUGAAGGUCUUAUUCAAGGGCUUAAGUUCAAAUCCAACAAGAAAACUUCUGAUGUCAUUGGAUACGAUGAUGGUACUCAAUUCACUCUCCAAGUUAAAGACAAGAAGAUCAUUGGCUUUCAUGGGUUUGCCGGAGAGAAUCUUCAUUCUCUUGGGGCUUAUUUUUCCCCGUUGACUACUUCAACCUCACUGACUUCUGCUAAGAAGCUCCCUGCACUUGGUAGUGAUGAAGGAACUGCAUGGGACGAUGGUGCUUACCAUGGUGUUAAGAAGGUGUAUAUAGGUCAAGGCCAAGAUGGUGUGUCAGCCGUUAAGUUUGAGUAUGCCAAUGGUUCUGAAGUGGUUGUUGGAGCUGAACGUGGAAAGGUGACUCUACUCGGAUUCGAAGAGUUUGAUAUUGAUCAUCCGAGUGAAUACAUCACGGCGGUGGAGGGCACCUGUGAUAAAAUCUUUGGGAGUACCUCUGCGGUUAUUACCAUGCUUAGGUUCAAGACUAACAAGCGAACAUCUAAUCCCUUUGGGCUUGAUGCUGGCGUACCAUUCGUACUCAAAGAGGAAGGCCACAAGUUUGUUGGGUUCCAUGGAAAAGCCACUGAGGUGCUUCAUCAAUUUGGAGGCCAUGUCGUCCCCAUCACCAACUGAUCAUGACAUCUUUCUUUUGAUUUCCAUCUAAUAAAAUAUCAGAUCUCUUAAUUCUGUCUUCUAAACAUGUCAUUUGGAGUCUCUUAAUGUCUCGGCGGUGACCUUUGAAUAAGCUGUUCUACCUAUGAUAUUUCUGUUUGAAUUUGGGCAAGUGAUGUGAAUGUUAUGUUGUUUUGUUUUCG